CUAUCAUUUCCUGUCAUUACAUUUAUUUGGCUAUACACAAUGAGUGAACAACAGUUCUUCGAGACCAUCACAAAGUCUUUUACAGACGUUACCAUCACCGAGCGGGGUGUCGAUACUGCCGAGUUCCUCGAGGCUGCGGAGGGUUUAGUCAAGAUCUUCAACCUCUUUGGUAACCCCGCUUUCGCUGUUGUGCAAAACGACUUAACCGGUAACAUUGCCAAAAUCCGAGCGUACCUCGCCAAAGACCCCGCUUCCGCCGCCACCCUUGAGUCCCUCCUCGCUUCUGAAAAAGCCAAUAUCCCCAAGGCCAAGGACCGAGUCGCGACCGAUGCCUUGAUGUGGUUGCUUCGUGGUCUUAAAUUCACCUCUUUGGGCUUGAAAAUCAACCUUGAGAACAAGGACGAAGAGCUUUCUGCCAGUUUUACCAAAGCUUAUGAACAAAGCUUAAAGAAGUAUCAUGGUAUGAUGAUUAGACCCGUGUUCUACCUCGCUAUGAAGGCCUGCCCUUACCGUGCCACCUUCUAUCCCAAGCUCGGCCAGCCCCAGGAAGAAGUCAUGCCCAAGCUCGAGGCUUGGCUCAAGGCUUUGUACGAGAUUGUCGAGAAGGAGGAAGGUGUCUUCAAGGCUGGCUCUUACGGCGAAAUCUAGAGUAAUGGAAUUCCUAGUUUACAAGUCAUUUAUUGCGUCCGUGCUGCGAUCUAAAUUGGGAUAGUAGCGUGCACGAGGCUUAUGCCUUGCAGUAACACAUUGCAGUAAUGCUUGUACAAUAUGCAGUUGCAGUUACGUAUAUGUGCAUGGUUGACCGGCUCGGGA